AUUAAUAUGUAUGUCUUUCCUUGGAUUUUCACAGAAGCCACUAGCACUGAAUCAGGAAAGCUUAGUCCUGAUGGACCAGGAGGUGAGGCUGGAGACCAGGAUCAGUUUUGAGUUGGAAAUCACUCCUAUUAAUAAGAAAGUGCGCAUUUUGGCAAAAUCUACUAAAAAUCUCCAAGAAGCAUUGCAGCCCAUCCUGGUGAAGUAUGGCCUGGAUGUUACACGGGUGUUGCUCCGGCGGCCUGGUGAACCCAAUGCUCUGAAUAUGGAAGAGAAAGUAAGCACUGUGGCUGCUCAGAGGCUUUUGCUUGAGUCUGAUGAAGAGGUGAAACCUGUUGGUGUUAGAAAUGCUGCAACAAAACCUUGUUUGUGA